CUGCUCGCUCAGCAGAUUCCAGUCUUGCUUAGAACGUUGAUUAGAACGGUACUGGGCUCGUCCAACGGUCGGUGUUGUGCUUAUUUAUUAUCUCAUUCCUACUGCCACCUGUUUGAUGUGGCGAGCAUUUCAACCGUGACAAUUCAACAAAAUACGGAAGACCGUGCCCAGUCGCGUGUUGGAAAGUGGACGCAGAUUUGCAUCUCAAUUGGUGGCGGAAAAGGUCGCACGCAGAAAUCACCCGUUAGUCACGAAGAUAAGCUCGUACCACCAUGAGCGACGAACCGUCCCAACUUCCCGGCUUUGUCCGGGACGCCGUGCGGCAGGUCGCCUUGACCAAGCUCGGCUUCACGGAGGGAAGCUGCGUCAUCGAGUACAAACCGGGUUCGAACUGCAACGGACUGAUUGGGGAGAUUCACCAGGUGACGCUCCGCGAAGGUGAUCGUUCGGAGGAGUUGUUCUGCAAGAUCCCACCCCAGGAUCCGGAACGGCGCGGACAGUUCAACUCGGACGAGCUGUUUGAGCGGGAGAUUCUGCUGUAUUCGAAGCUGCUUCCGGCGUUGUUUGAGUUCCAGCGGCGGAAGGGAAUCGCUGAGGAGGAUGGAUUCUUCGAUAUUCCCAAGUGUUACCACACUCAUUUCGAUGCGGAAGCAGGUGAAGCUUUGAUUCUGAUGGAGAAUCUGCGCAGUCGAGAGCUCCGGAUGCUGAACAAGCUGGAACCGGUGGACUACGAUCAUGCACGAUUGCUGAUGAUCACGCUGGGACGGUUGCACGGACUGUCACUAGCAGUGAGGGAUCAACAGCCGGAAUUGUUCAAGCGACUGAAGGUGGCGGACAUACUGUUCAAAUCGAUCAAAGCAAGCGAACCACUGCUGGAAAUGUUCAGCUCGGCACUGGAUGGAGCAAUUUCGUUGCUUGGACCGGAAGAGGAAUCUGCUCGUGAGCGGAUGGAGGCUCUCAAGGCGGACUUUGUUGGCAGUAUGGACUAUUGUAUGGACGGAGCCAACGCGGAACCGUACGCCGUAGUGAACCAUGGCGAUUGCUGGGUCAACAACUUCAUGUACGGAUACAAGGACGGAUCCCCCUCCGAACUCGUCCUGCUGGACUGGCAGCUCGCUCGGUACACAUCACCCGCCCUGGACCUGUCCUACUUCCUGUUCUGCUGCACCGACGAGGUCUUCCGGGAAAAGCACUACGACGAAAUGCUCCAGAUCUACCACGCUGCGCUGUCGGACUUCCUAACUCUCCUGGGUAGCGACCCCUCGAAACUACUCCCAUUCGACGCCCUGCUCGACCAGAUGCGCAAGUUUGGCAAGUUCGCGCUCAUCAUGGGCGCCUUCGACAUUCCGGUGCUCUGCACCGAUCCGGCCGAAAUGCCCGAUCUGGGCGGCGAGCUGGCGUUCGCCCAGUCACCGGAAGCGCAACAGCGGUACGCGUACCGCAUGGGUGGCGUCAUCCGGGAUGCCGUGCGGUACGGUAUCCUCUGAAGAAGUGUACUAAUAAAGAAGCGUUUUGUUUUCUUAUC